UCACGGUGACGUCACGCCGAUCCGCAGAGCAGGGCUCUGGGACUGGUUGAGGCUUCGCCCGGGAUACGCCAAGCUUGGAAUAUAAAAUGUAGGCAGCAAUCUGGAUUCAUGUGUCUAAAGGACAAGAGAGAGACGCAAACAGAACGCCAAGAAAGGAGAGUCCCCUCUUUUCUUGUCCCAAUGACUCUUUGUUCCCCGCCUUCUUCUCUGUCCCAGCCCUGCCUACUUGGUGUGGCCAUCUUGGUCCCUCAUGGCCACGAGACGCUGCUCCCACCGCAGGGCCCACAACGUGUCGCGUCGGACGGCGGCCUCGGCCGGAUUGAUAGUGUCGUCCUGGGCCUCUGCUGCGGCAGCCUGCUGACCCGAGAUGCUGCGAUAAAUUCUCGUAGAAGCCGCCCCUUACCAGGUGGCGCAUCAUCAU